CUCUCUGUGUGUGUGUGCGCGCUGAGAUGAUACUCAUCAUCUUUGCUGAAGCGUCUCACAGCGGAGAAAAGCCAUGGCAGCUGCGAACCGUGUCCUUGUUUACGGAGGAAAAGGAGCUCUCGGCUCGGCAUGUGUGCAUUAUUUUAAGUCAAAAGGCUGGGUGACGUCGGAUGUAGCCACAUUGCUGGGGGAACACAAGGUCGACGCCAUUGUUUGUGUGGCAGGAGGAUGGGCCGGAGGAAACAGUAGCUCAAAAGACUUGUAUAAGAACUCUGAUAUGAUGUGGAAACAGAGUGUUUGGACCUCCACCAUUUCCAGUCAUCUUGCAUCGCUCCAUCUGAAUGCAGGAGGCCUGCUGACCCUCUCUGGUGCAAAGGCCUCACUAGAAGGCACUCCAGGUAUGGUUGGGUACGGCAUGGCCAAGGCUGCAGUCCAUCAGCUCUGCAAGAGUCUGGCUGGCGAGAACAGCGGUCUUCCAUCUGGAGCUGUAGCUGUGGCCAUUCUUCCGGUUACCUUGGAUACACCAAUGAACAGGAAAUUCAUGCCUGAUGCAGAUUUUGGGAGCUGGACACCGCUGGAAUACAUCGCAGAAACCUUCUACAGCUGGGCCACUGGGUCAGGCCGGCCAGCCUCAGGCAGCCUCAUACAGCUGGUGACUACUGGGGGGAAAACCGAGGCCUCGGCGGCCCAGUAAAGGUGGAACAGAGAAAAAAUCGAAAAACAAAAAGAUAAAGAGUGGAGGAGAGCAAUGUUUACCAAUAUACUGUGCACCAGAGGAGAGAGAGGUCAUACAGAACGCAGAUGGAAAAUUAGAUAUGUGGCAUUUCCAAUCAUCCAGUCUCAUUGGAAACACACAGUACAGUAUCUCUGAAUUGGCCAAAGGAUUAAUUUACAUGUUUAAUGUUGAAUCAGUCUAUACAUGAGAAUAAAGCCUAGAUGAUGAGUGUAUGUUUGUGACUUUCUUCUCGACAACAAAAAGUGUGCCGCUGUCGUAUGUGAAACGUACAGUCUUCUAUUCAGAGAAGUGGCCUUAGUUUGUGUAAGUGUGAACAUGUGUGAUUACUGGUUCAAAUUUCAUGUAUGGAUGCUGUAUCUUCGAAGUAUUUUCUUCCCAGUGUGUUGUUGCUGCUGAUGUAUGAGUAUGGACCAUACUUGCAUAAUAAAGACAAAU